AUGGCAUUGCCAUUAUUGUAUAUACAUUUAAUAAAUGAUCAAUUUGAUGAAAUCGUUCAUCUUAAUAAUGAACGAUUAAAACAAGCAAAGAAACUGAAACGAACAACUGUUGUUUCAGAUGAACGUGAAGCUGCUGGUGAAGAAAUUAGAUUAUGUGGAAUGUUGCAGGUUUUGCUGAAAUAUUUCGAACGAUAUUGGAUUGAAACAAUAACACCAGAAAUGUUUUGUGUACAAGGACUAGAACAUAGGACGAAUAAUUUAGCUGAAGGUACGAGUGGAUUUCAUCAUCGAUUUUCUCGUAGAUUAAAUGAAGUUCAUGCUAAUGUAUGGAAAGUGAUAUCAACAUUUAUUGAUGAAGAGUACCAUGCAUAUCAAAGAAUGCUUUUAAUUCGUACAGGUGCUCAAAAGAAACCAACUGUUGCAGCUCGACAAAUUGCUUAUCAAGAACGUAUAAACAAAUUAUAUGUUUUGUAUGACAAAAAAACAAUUGAUGAUACUGAAUUACUAGAAGGUUUAACAUGUUGUGUUGCUAGAAAUAUUCGGAAUAUGAAAAAGAAAAAACAAUGA